UUCCAAAAUCAUCAAUACACGAAUUAGGUUUUUCUGUGAGCUUCGUCAAUCUGUUUUCUGUAUUUCUGGCUUCGGUUAAUAGCUUCAAUCGCUGCUAAGCUCAGCUGCAAUGUACGAUAUUCACUGAUUCGGAAAUCAAUAAGGAAUAGGAGCUUAAGCAGUGGUUGUUUUCCGAUUUGAAAUUUACACAGACUAGUAGUAGUAAGAUGCUGCAGAUUCGGCUGAGCAAGCCAGCUAGUGAAAGCGGUGCAACUGCGAAACCUGUGCCUGUGGACACUGUUACAGUCGCUUGCCCCGAUCAUCUCGUGCUAUCUGAUCUUCCUGUGGCGAAGGGUUUGGGUACAGCAUCUGCAACCGCUGUUAUCAAGUCUGUUGGACGCCGCUCCCGUCGCCAGCUCGGUGAGCGUGUUCAUUUCUGUGUUAGAUGCGACUUUCCGGUUGCUAUAUAUGGGCGUCUGAGCCCAUGUGAGCAUGCCUUCUGUUUGGACUGUGCCAGGAGUCAUUCUCUUUGUUAUCUUUGUGAUGAACGCAUCCAGAAGAUUCAGACAAUCAAACUGAUGGAAGGAAUCUUCAUAUGUGCAGCCCCUCGUUGUCUCAAGUCCUUCUUAAAGAAGAGUGAAUUUGAGAUGCAUAUAAACGAGUUCCAUACUGAUCUUCUUCACCCCAAUAAGGAAAAAGAAGGGAAUGAAUCAGAAGCGAUGAGUGCUAGGAAACCUUCAACCUCGGAUACCACUGUUCAAGCACCCUCGAGGCCAAUUUUCUCUCCCCAUUCAAGUUCGCAAAUUCAUGAUCGCGAAGACAAAGCCCAGCUGCCUCAAUCCAGGGAUCAACCACCUUUGAAACCUGCUGGACAGCAAAGGCCAACACCACCUUUUCCCGGACAAGCUCCAGAUCAUCCAUCAGAGCACCCUGAUGGUAUUCCAUCACAUCCCUUUGAUAGAGCUACUUCCCAGAAUCAGUUUCCUAGGCAAACUUUUGAAGUUCAUGGGCAGGGUGGUAGUCGACAAGAUUCAGUUAACCCAAAUUCAGGUCCAGCUCCACCUCAAUACGGUUAUCCUCCUUAUGCAGCUGAUGGAAUGCAACCGUACUUUGGUGCACCAUAUGGAAUGCCAAGACCAGACUCUGCACCAGAAGGUGGACAAGGACAGGGCUCGUUGCUUGGUUUCCCGCCCAGUCCUGCUGGACCCAUGAAUUUUCCUCAAAAUUAUCCACAGUGGAAUGCAGUUCCCGGUUCUGUGCCUCUGGAACCUCCUAUGGCAUCUCAAGGAUCUAUGGAUGGCUAUAUAAAUGUCGAUCCUCAAGGAAGAGGAUUCUUCCAGAAUGAUUACGGACAGAAUGCUGGGAAUAAGAGUUUGGAGCAACAGAGGCAGGGUGGGAAUUUUGUUGACCCAAGGGACGGUAAAGGAAUAUUGGCUCCCCAACCGCUUCAUCUUCCUCCACCACCUCUAAGACCUCCUCCCCAUCUGCCUCAAGGCAGUUCAUACUCUGGUGAUGGGAAUCAUGAUGGACCUCCAGGCUUCAGCUGGCCAGCAGAGAGGCGGGAUAACUUCGGAGGUGGGGAGUAGGCUUGAUCUUUUCUAGCCUGCUGACUCAUCUUCAAAUUAGGUGCACAACUCCAGCUUUGGCUCCAUUUUGUUCAUGUUUGGGAGCUUACUUGAAACUGUAAAUUUUCUAGUGUUCAGCAUGUGAACUGCGUAGCUGACAUUUGGUAUAACUUUAAAAUUAAGACCGUCUUUUGAGGUAA